CUCUUGCAGAAGGUACUUGUCGCAUAGGAGUGACGUUAUUCUGUCAUUUUCAAACAUGGCGGCCGAAGGCUCGGAUUUAGAAGACCUGAGCAGCAACGGGCUAAUGGAGGGUCCUUCGGCUCCGGAAGCCACGGAGGCUGUCCAACAUCCAACAGAGAUGGAAGAGGUAUCAGAGGAAAAUGGUGGAGAAGAGGCUUCAGAAGCAGCAGCUGCGACAGCAUACAACAUGCCUCUGGUGGAGAAUGAGGAGGAAGAGGACGGAGAGUUGCCGGCGGACUUUGACCGACUCUGGAAGCUGGCCCAUGACAAUCCACAGGAUUUUUCUAGCUGGACUGACCUGCUGCAGUACAGUGAGCAAGAGAGUCACAUGACGGCAUCACGGCGAGCGCUGGUUGCCUUUCUGGCGCGUUACCCCCUGUGCUACGGAUAUUGGAAGAAGUUUGCCGACUUGGAGCGACGUGCAGGCUACACCAACAAAGCUCAGGAGGUGUGUGUUCAGGGUCUGAAGGCCAUCCCUCUGAGCGUAGAUCUGUGGAUCCACUACAUUAACCUGCUACUGGGCACGCUGAACAUGAACCUGCCAGAGUCCUCUCAGUGCAUUCGCAGUGCAUUUGAAGAGGCGGUAGCAGCGGCAGGACUAGACUUCCACUCUGACCGUCUGUGGGAGCUGUACAUCGAGUGGGAGAAGGAGCAGGGAGACAUGAAGGCUGCCACUGGAGUCUACGACAGAAUCCUCAGAGUCCCCACUCAGCUGUACAGCAGCCACUAUGAGAAAUUCAAGACUCAUCUUAAUGCUCAUGCGCCCAAGGACGUCCUCUCAGCAGUGGAGUAUGAGGGGUUGCUUGAGGAAUCUAAACAGAUACACAAGACUGAGAAGGCUGAGUUGGCUGAGGGGGAAGAUGAGUUACCGCCUGGGGAAGAGAAGGAACCUACAGAGGAAGAGGUGAUUCCGAAGAUGCGAGAACUCCUAUUGGCUCGCAGGGAGAAGGUGUACCAGGACCUUGAGGGAGAGGUCAGGAAGAGGUGGAACCUUGAGGAAGCUAUCAAGCGUCCUUAUUUCCACGUGAAGCCUCUGGACCGGACCCAGCUGAAAGCCUGGCACUCCUACCUGGACUGGGAGCUCACCCAGCUGGGAGGGGGGGGUGAAAAGGAGGUGGAGACCGAACCAGACUCCAUGGAGGGCCAGGAAGAGGAGCAAAAAGAGGGGUCAAAGAGCAGUGGGAUCAUUGCCGGGGGUGACCGGAGGGUACGGAUCCUGUUUGAGCGCUGUCUGAUUGCCUGCGCGCUCUACGAGGAGUUCUGGACCAAGUAUGUUCAGUACCUGGAACCUCAGAGUCUGUACGAGGCACGGGGAGUGUUCAGGCGAGCCUGUGAGAUCCACCUGGCACACAAACACACCAUGCACCUGCAGUGGGCCACUUUUGAGGAGAGGCAUGGUGAUCUAACAGAGGCACGGCGUGUUCUAGAAUCUCUGGAAACCUCUAUCCCAGGAUUGGCCAUGGUCCGGCUGCGCAGGGCGGGGCUAGAGAGACGGGCGGGCCGGCUAGAUGAAUCAGAAGCUCUGCUCAGGGACGCGGUGGACCAAGCCAAAGAGACUCCUCACCUCCAUGCAUUCUACUCCAUCAAACUAGCCCGGCUGUUGCUGAAGCUUUGCAAGAACCCCAGCAAGGCCCGGGGUGUCCUGCAGGAGGCGCUGGAGAUUAGCCCGGAUAACGGUAAACUGCACCUGAACCUGCUGGAGCUGGAGGUGUCUGGUGACCCCAGAGGGUCACCCGAGGGGGUGCAGCAGUGUGUGACUCGGGCGCUGGCCGCACCCCUCUCCCCACGGACCAAGAUCCUCUUUUCCCAGAGGGGCCUACAGUACGCUGAGGACUAUGGGACUUCUGUGCAAAGUGUGCUAACAGUCUAUGAGGAGCAUCAGAAGCUGCUGAAAGAGCUUGGCAACAAGAAGAGAAGGGCUGAGAACGGAGACAGCGAGGACCCAGAGAAGAUGAGUAAAGGAGAAGACGGCUCCGCUGUGCCCGCUCCACCACCAGCCCCUCCCACAAUGCCCCAUGUUCCCAUGACGACACCACCUCCACCCAUGAUGGGUGGGGACAUGAGUGCGGCUCAUGCAGGCUACGCAGGCUAUGGAAGCUGGUAUCAGCAACCACAGUACGGGGGAUACGGAGGCUACCAGCAACCCUGGAACUACAAUCAGGGUUACUACCCUCCCAGCUAAGGGGGAAGAGAAAUGCUGUGACACCAUUGUUCAGUGAACUCACCACCACCUCACUUUAAAUUCCACGGAUGAGUCCAAAUGGCACCUUAUUUCCUAUGUAUUGCACUAUCUUUGACCAGGGUCCAGGUCAAAAGUAGUGCACUUUGUAGGGAAUAGGUUGCCAUUAGGGAUUUAACUAAUAUCAGGAACAGGGGUGUGACAUCUACUACUUGUUUGGUCUUUGAAAAUGUGCUCUUGUACAUUGUUUUAACGAUAAACUAUUUUUGUAUUCUCUUCUACAUGCAGCCCCUUUCAAUUUAAGCAAACCCCUCUCUCCACAGGUCCUGUAUUAUUUAAAGUCUUGCAUCAUUCCAGAAGUAUAGGCUAGUCUUUUUUUCUAAUGUACAUAAUGGUGUUUUAUAGUAUGAAGUCGGAGCUCUUUCAUAUACGAGCAGGUUAAGAUCAAUCUAUUGUCCCUCAUUCAGAGCUUGAGGAUCGCCAUUGAAGUUUCUGCCCAGUUGAGUCCUCCAGACAGAAGAUAGGGAAGCCAUGUUGUUGUAUGCAGGUACCAGUGCCUCUGGUCAAGCAAGGCGUAAUAAGUGGAUGUACGCUGUGCUGUACCUAAUGGACAUUUCCAAAACUAACAGCAUUGGUCAUGUUUGGUAAAAUUUUAGGAGUAGGAAACUUAAAUGUUUGUCAAUCCACUUAAACCAAACUUUUGCCUUUAUCACUGUUUUUGAAAAUGUAACUUUUUAAUCUUCACUUUUAACAUUGCUCAAUAAACCAUUUCGAUGUAUGUAGAUUAUCUGUUAAACUGAUUUGGAGCCCUGGAUUGUGCAGCUUCAUGAAAAAUAACAGAUUAUUCCUGUACAUGUUGAGUUGUUGCAUUCUCUGUGGAAAGUAUGUUCAGUCCACCACAUUACUCUCCAAGUAAGUUUAUUCAAGUUUGAGUGAGUAUGCAAUAACACCACUGUAAAAUGAUUUAACUUUGAAAAACUACAAUUUACAAUGCAGUGGACAGUGUCAAUGAGCCAGGUCUAACUUUAGGCCCCAUGAUAAUCAAUACAGUCAUCCAUUUUGUGUUGCCAUUAAAGAUUCAGAUUAAAGUUCAAA